AUGCAAAAGUCAAAGCAGAGCCCAGAGCUGUUUCCUACAUCAUUCACUCCCUGCAGAGUGCCCCACAGCACCCAGCAGUGCAGGCAUGGAACCCCUCUCCUUCCAGGAAUACAUCUGCUCCCUGGACCCCGCCACCCUUCCCCGCAUCCUCAGGAUAUGCUCUGGUGUCUACUUCCAAGGGUCCGUAUAUGAGAUCUCUGGCAACGAGUGCUGCCUGUCAACCGGUGACCUGCUGAAAGUCACGGCUGUCACACUGCAGAAGGUUAUCUGUGAGGAUGUGCAGACGGGGCAGAAGACAGAGCUGCCACCGACGUUUAAGGGUCUUUUCCAGCCCUCCCCAGCCACAUCGCCAUGUCCUACGCCGCAGGGACCCUCCCUGCAGGGCAGCAGGCAGAAGGGUCUGACCCUGCACCAGGCUCUGGGGCAGAGCAGCAGGCAGACACAACCCCUGCUGUGCCCCAGCAUCAGCCCGCAUGCCUUGCUGCUGAGCCCCGUGUAUGAGGCGCAGGCCACCAUGCACUUGCGCAGGGACCAGGUGAGGAUCCCCUCCACGCUGGAGGUGGAUGUGGAGGACGUGACAGAGGAGUCUCAAGACGUGCACUUCGCCCAGCCGCUGCUGCUGAGCGAGCUGCUGGGGAUGGAGGAGGUGCUGCCGGCCCAGGCCGAGAUCCUGGAGGGGCCCCACGGUGCCGCCAUCUUCGAGAGCUCCUGGGCCUCCCGCCUGCAGAAGGGGCAGCGGCUGCAGAUCCACGGCUGCUCCCACACCUGGAGGGUUUUGGCCUCGGCCCGCAGCAGCGCCCGCCGCUUCCUCCUCUCCAGCUCCUACCAGGGCCGGUUCCGCCGGCGGCCUCGGCAGUUUGCCGGGGUUCAGGAGCUGGCGGCCGGCCUGCAGCCAGGCCAGCGGCUGCAGGUGGUGGUGACGCAGGACUGCGAGGGCCGCGGGGACGAUGUGCCUCCGCUCAGCGUGGGCGACCGGCUGGAGGCCCAGCAGCUGCUGCAGAACGCCGGCGGCACCGGGAUCCUGUGCCGGCGCCGCAGCGAGGAGGAGGAUGGAGAUGACGAGGAGGGUGAGGAGCUCCUGCUGCCGCUGGACCUGGGGGGCAGCUUCGUGGAGGAGGUGUGCGACAACAAGAAGUACGGGCUGGAGGAGCUGCUGGAACGGCUGACGCUGCCGUGCGAUGUGCGGGUGGCGGCCACGGACCCGACGCUGGAGCGGGACGUGUUGGGCUCCUUCUCCUCCCUGCGCUUGGAGGCCCGCAUCUCCCAGCCCUUCCUGCUCAGCAGCUUCUGCGAGGAGCCGGAUGAGGGCUUUGAGAUCCCGCCCCAGUGGUUGGACCUCUCCCUCGUCCUCACCGGGGAGCCCGUCGGCACGCAGAGCCCAUCCACGCACCGCUCCCACGUGGAGGAGCUGACCGAGGCCUUCUACUACCAACUGCUGGCGCAGCUGCCGGGCGGUUCGGCCCCACCACCCCCGCGGCCCCCCAAGCCGAAGGCGGCCGGUGGGAAGGCACAGAAACAUACGGGCCGGAAGAACCAGGCACAGCCCAGAGGAAGCUGCCCUUCGGCCCUCCAGCACCCCGCCAGCCCCCAGACCCACCCGACUCCUUCAUUGCCCCCGAAGGUGAAAAGCCUCCCCAUCCAGCAGAGCAUCCCCAACAAGUACAGCCCGUGCCCCCACAGGCCGGCAGCCCCACAGCUCCACAACGCUCCUGGAGACACAGAUGUGAAGAGAAGUGAUGAUGAACACGAUUAUGAAACCAUUGAAGGCAACAUUCAGAAGACGAUUCGCAAAGUGCAGGCUAUUCUUCCUUUUUAAUCCUCUGGUUUCUGAAGCUGUCCAGAUUCCAACUAUUCUUAAACACGUACACGAAUACAACCUCGGGGAUCCACAGCACAACCUCAACACGUGCCCACUUUCCUCAAAUGCAAGCAGCUCCUCAGCUGUUGCCUAUGGGCCUCUCCAGUUGCACCAGAGUGGCAUACAGUGGGGCAACCAUCCUGGGAACUGAGUAGCCACCAAGAUGUCAUUGAGAUGCCAGCCAAGGCUCGGGGACAUUUAUCUCACCCCAAUCCUUCUACAUUAACAUUACACACACACCCUUAGCAUAGCUUGGCUGGAUCUUACAGUUGUGCCACGCUCAUCAGCGUUUCGAACUGAAAAGUUCUAAGACAAAUUCCUUUGUUGUGGUCACUUUGCUGGAAUCUACCAGAGGCCACCGAUGGCUUUCCCUACACAUCCCACCCCUACCAGAGAAGGCACCACCAGUUGCCAGGAGCACCAACACGGGGCAAUUUCCAGACCCAGCUGCUUUAGACUAGAAGCAGGUACAAAUCAGAGCUGGAAAAUAAACUUCACAUUUCAUUUAUUAGCAAA